AAAGAAGUGAAAGAAUCGCGGAAGAAUUGUGGAAGUAAAAGGUUAAUGCUCUCUUCACUGAUUUUCCGUGAAGACUUUUUAAAAGCCAUUUCUCCCCAGUAAUUUCACCGGUAAACUAUAUAGAUCUAUACCAUGAAACUCGUGCUCCUUUUGAGCGCCCUGCUGGCGGGGAUUGCCCUUUCCCAGGGAGCCGCCGUGAUGUCCGUGGAUCUGGGCAGCGAGUGGAUGAAAGUGGGCGUUGUGUCGCCUGGAGUGCCUAUGGAAAUCGCCCUGAAUCGCGAGUCCAAGCGCAAGACGCCCGCGAUCCUAGCCUUCCGCGAUGGAACGCGAACCAUUGGCGAGGAUGCACAAACAAUUGGUAUCAAGGAUCCCAACUCGGCCUAUGGCUAUCUUCUGGAUUUGCUGGGCAAGACCAUCGAUAAUCCCAUUGUGGAUUUGUAUAGGAAACGCUUCCCAUACUACAACAUUGUGGGUGAUCCGGAGCGCAACACCGUGGUCUUCCGCAAAAGCGACACCGAUGAAUUCUCCGUGGAGGAACUGGUUGCUCAAUUGCUGGUCAAGGCCAAGCAGUUCGCCCAGGAAUCCGUACAGCAGCCAAUAACCGAGUGCGUCCUAACCGUGCCCGGUUACUUUGGCCAAGCCGAAAGGGAAGCUCUCUUGUCCGCCGCCCAGUUGGCCAAUCUUAAGGUACUCCAGCUAAUCAACGACUAUGCGGCGGUGGCUCUAAACUACGGCGUCUUCCAUCGCGGCGAAAUCAACGAAACGGCCCAGUAUUUCCUCUUCUACGAUAUGGGCGCCUACAAAACCUCAGCCGCUGUGGUCAGCUAUCAGUUGGUGAAGGAUAAACAAACCAGGGAGAUCAACCCGGUGGUGCAGGUCCUUGGCGUUGGUUAUGAUCGCACUCUGGGAGGCCUGGAGAUUCAACUAAGAUUGCGUGAUUAUCUGGCGCAGGAGUUUAAUGCCCUAAAGAAGACUAAAACCGAUGUGACCACCAGUCCCCGAGCACUGGCCAAACUUUUCAAGGAAGCAGGACGACUAAAGAAUGUCCUGUCCGCCAAUACGGAGUUCUUCGCUCAAAUCGAAAACCUGAUAGAGGACAUUGACUUUAAAUUGCCCGUCACUCGUGAGAAGCUGGAGCAACUCUGCGAGGAUCUUUGGCCCAGGGCCACAAAACCAUUGGAAGAAGCAUUGGCCUCGUCGCACCUCAGUCUGGACGUGAUCAACCAGGUGAUUUUGUUCGGAGGCGGCACCCGAGUUCCACGUGUGCAGGAAACCAUCAAAGCUGUCAUUAAACAGGAGCUGGGUAAAAAUCUGAAUGCCGAUGAAUCCGCCACUAUGGGUGCAGUUUAUAAGGCAGCCGACUUAUCGGCCGGCUUCAAAGUGAAGAAGUUUGUGGUCAAGGAUGCCACGCUGUUCCCCCUGCAAGUGUCCUUCGAACGGGAUCCAGGCGAUGGUGCUGCCGUAAAGCAGGUGAAACGUGCCCUGUUUGCCCUAAUGAACCCCUAUCCCCAAAAGAAGGUCAUUACCUUCAACAAGCACACCGACGAUUUUGAGUUCUAUGUCAACUACGCCGAUUUGGAUCGUUAUAGCAAGGAGGAGAUUGCCGCUCUGGGCAGCUUGAACGUGACCAAGGUGCAGCUGAAGCAGGUGAAGGAGCUGCUGGAGAAAUCGAAAAAGGAACUGGUGGAUAACAAGGGCAUCAAGGCUUACUUCUACCUGGAUGACUCUGGCAUUUUCCGCUGCACAGGAGUUGAGUACGUGUACGAGAAACAAAAGCCUGAGGACGAUGCUGAUGAAGACAGCACUUUGUCCAAGUUUGGCAGCACUUUGAGUAAAUUGUUUACCAAGGAGGGUGAGGAGAAGAAGGACAAUUCGGAACAGGAAGAGGCAGCUAAUGCAGGCGAAGAGCCAUCUAAAUCAGAAGAUAAUGAAAAGGCCAAGGAAGAGGAUGCUAGCAAGGAGCAAAAGUCUGAGGAGAGCACAAAACAAGAUACCGAAGCCAAAAACGAAACAAUCAAGCUUGUUACGGUCAAGUCCCCGGUGACGUAUGAGUCCCAAACGCAGUUUGUUGUUCCUCUGGUCGGUUCCGCGUAUGAUCAAUCAGUGGCCAAACUGGCCGCCAUUAACAAAGCUGAGGAGCAACGUGUCCGCUUGGAAUCAGCUUUUAAUGCCCUCGAAGCCCACAUAAUCGAGGUGCAACAGAAACUGGACGAGGAGUCGUACGCUAAGUGUGCUACCGCCGAGGAGAAGGAGAAAUUGCUUGCCGAAUGCAGCACUUUGGGUGAAUGGCUGUAUGAGGAUCUGGAGGAUCCCAAAGCAGAGAUCUACGAGGAAAAGCUGGCGCAACUGAAGAAGCUAUCCAACGUCUUUUUGGCUCGCCACUGGGAACACGAGGAGCGACCAGAGGCUAUCAAAGCACUCAAGGGCAUGAUUGAUGGCGCCGAAAAGUUCCUGGUCACUGGCCGCAAUCUCACCAAGGACACCAAUCCCGAGAAGGACGUCUUUACCCAGGUGGAGAUCGACACGCUGGACAAAGUGAUAACCGAAACCAAUGCAUGGCUCAAGACGGAGACGGCGGCGCAGAAGAAGUUGGCCAAGAACGCGGAUAUCCGCCUGACCGUCAAGGAUAUAACGGACAAAAUGAGCCUGCUGGACCGCGAGGUCAAGUACUUGGUUAACAAGAUCAAGAUCUGGAAGCCCAAGGUGAAGCCCGCUGCUGAAAAGGAGAAGAAGAAGGAGGAGGAGGUGGUGGCCUCCGGCAGUGGCGAUGACACCAAAUCGGAGGACGCCGAGCAGCAGCAGGAACAGGCGACAAAGGAGGAGCAGCAGGAGCAGGAGCCCGUAGAUGAGAUCACUCCAACGCCUGCCGAGGAGGAAACCAAGACACCGCACAGUGAGCUCUAAGGAGCCAAACUAGAGGGAUUACGAGCAUCCGUAGCAGCAGGAAGCCAAGUGCCUGUCUUAGGAUUCGAAGGAGGAUUCACAUCGGGGGUUACACAGGGGGAAAAAGACGGCAAAUGGUCGCGAAACGGGGCGUCUUUAUUUCUAUGAUUUUUUUUAGCUAAAGUCGGGGUUAAAUUAUGCUACUUCUAAUCGAAAACAAAACACACAAAAAAAAAAACACAAAAUAAUGUAAACCGUAACUUAAUGUAAAAACCAUUUUCCAUUUCCAUACCAUUCCGCAUAGGAAAUACAAGACUUGAAGAAGUACUCACACGGUCCCCUCUAUAUGUAUAUCCACUAUAUCUUAUUGAUCUAUUGUAGCGAAAGUAGCGAAACGAAUUGGGCGGGAUGAGUUAAUUGCCGAGAUAAGAUCGUAAUAAAUCGGAAAUCGUAAGGAGCGAAACAUAACAAAUAAAGUUUGCAUUGUGUUGUACGCGGAUUGGC